GUGGCUGGUGCACCUUUACACGGCCCUUGGAGCGGCCGUGGCGGUGUUCACCCUGGCGAUGGUAGCCGAGGGGCGUUAUCGCGAGGCACUGGCACUCAUGGGGCUGGCGUUGCUCCUGGACGCCACGGACGGGACCUUCGCGCGGGCGGCGAGAGUCAAGGAGAUUGUCCCCGGGGUGGACGGCGCCCGGCUGGACGACAUCGUCGACUAUCUCAACUAUGUCUUCGUCCCGUGCUUUCUGCUGCUAUGGGCGGAUCUGUUGCCUGCCGGCCACGGGUGGUGGAUUGUCUGCCUGCCGUUGUUGGCGAGCGCCUACGGCUUUUCGCAAGCCAAUGCCAAGACCCCGGAUCAUUACUUCCUCGGGUUCCCUUCGUACUGGAACGUCGUGGCCUUCUACUGUUUCGUGCUGGAGUCGGACCCUGGUUCAACGGUUUGCUGGUCAUCGUGUUGUCGGUGAUGGUGUUCGUACCCAUUCGGUACCUGUAUCCCAGCCGUAACGCGGUCCUCCAGGGCCUCACCCUCACGUUGGGGGGAAUUUGGGGAGUGCUUUGCCUGGUCGUGGUGUACUACCUGCCCGACCCGCCCUACGGGCUGGCGGCGGCUUCGCUGUUCUUCCCUGCCUACUACCUGGCGCUGUCGUUCUGGUCGCACAUGAGGCACGGGUCCGGGCACGGGCGGGUUUGA